GGCAAGACGGCUGGGUGUGCAGCGUCUUGGAAUCUGCGAGCAAGCGAGUAGAUACUCUGCGCCCCUAGGGACUCUGGCCCACCCCAUGGCGGAUUCCGAGCGCCUCUCGGCCCCCGGCUGCUGGGCCGCCUGCACCAACUUUUCACGCACCCGAAAGGGAAUUCUCCUGUUUGCUGAGAUUAUAUUGUGCCUGGUGAUUCUGAUCUGCUUCAGUGCCUCCACACCAGGAUACUCCUCCCUGUCGGUGGUCGAGAUGAUCCUUGCUGCUAUCUUCUUUGUCAUCUACAUGUGCGACCUGCACACCAAGAUACAGUUCAUCAACUGGCCUUGGAGUGGUUUCUUCCGAACCCUCAUAGCAGCCAUCCUCUACCUGAUCACCUCCAUUGUUGUCCUUGUUGAGGGAGGAAACCACUCCAAAAUCAUCGCAGGGGUACUGGGCCUACUUGCUACAAGCCUCUUUGGCUAUGAUGCCUACAUCACCUUCCCCUUGAGGCAGCAAAGACAUACAGCAGCCCCUACUGACCCUGCAGAUGGCCCGGUGUAGGUGAACUCCCUUCAUUUCUCUCCAAAUCCUGCAAAUAACACUUCCUUCGGAAUAACUCCUCCCUGCCCUUAUAACACUCCCAGCCAACUCCCAGCCUCUUAUUGAAGUACAAGUGCCUUUAUUGGGAGAAUCUAUCUUCCUACCUGCCAGUCCCUCCUGGGUGUGGCCAUCUUUAUGGGUGUGCCUCUGUCCCCCUUCUGCAGUACCCAAAAGGAGACACCUGUUGUGCCUGGACUAUGCACCCACUUAAGCCA